CGCCUCGGGGAGAGCUGCCGCAGGCGUGCCGGUGUUAGACGGACAGACAGGCCCCCUCCCCGCCCGGGUGCAGCUCCAGCGGCGGACCGCGCUACCCGCCCCGCGGGGCCACUGCCAGGAUUAAUUAAUUAGUGGUUAUAAAGGGCCCCUGCAGGUCUUGAGUAGCAGUAACCGUAGAAGCGCCGGCAACCAUGGCGGGUUUGCUUUCUCACUCCCAGCCCGCACCGGUAGCUUGAAUGACGCCGCUUGCAGCUGCGUGCCUCUCGGUUUAAUUCAGCAGAUUCGUAUGUAAAACAACGUUUGUGUUCCUCGGUGACCAGGCUUAGAGACGGAGGGGCACCGCUCCGAGGCCCAGGGCGCGGCCCUGGUGGCUCUGACAGGCAGCGGUGACGCUGAGAGGCCCGCCGGGUGGGACCGCUGGGAUACCCGCAGAAUCCUGAUGCCAAAUUAAACGCUUUUAAUGCUUUGUCCCUUGCACACAGCUACUUACCCACGUUUUUAAUAAUCUAAAAAACUGGAUUCUGCUCCUAAAUUUAUUCCCGUGAAGUUACAGUAAAGAACUUGAUGUCACUUGAGCAGGACAAUUAAACGUCUGAUGAAACAUUAUCCAGGCAACAGAUAUAAGAUUACUUUCUGCAGAAACAAGCAUCACCACACUACAGUGUAAUGAAGCUGUUCCUUGCAAGCGUUUCAGGAUGUUGCAGCAAAAUAUAUUUUUAGACUUGAUUUUUAACCAUACAGAUUAAUUUCGGAACCUUCAAAAUACAAUGAGAUGUAUUUUGAAAUGCCUGCUAUUCAUUUGUGGAUUUCAGAGCAUGAGAAAAAAUGCGAAACGUGCCUGAUCACUGCAGAGAGGCCUUGGAGAUGAUUCCUUGAAACCACUAGGAUGCCUGGCUGCUUUAAAAAGACUUUAUUUGCCUUGGCUUCUCUAGUAAGUUUUGUGUCUUUUAUCUUGAUUGUUGUUGCAAUGGGGACCCCAAAGUGGAUGACUGGAAAGAUCCUUUGCAAAACGGGAGCUGAUUUGGUCAACGCCACAGAUCCAGAGCUGGUCAAGUUCAUUGGAGAAAUUUAUUAUGGACUCUUUCAGGGCGGCAAAAUACGCCAGUGUGGGUUGGGUGGGCGGCGUUCCAAAUUUACAAUUUUCCCACACAUGGUGAAAAAGCUGAAUACAGGCCUGCACGUGAUGAUUAUAAUGUUCCUCUGUGUGGCCAUUUUCUUUACUCUGGUCAGUUUUGGAUUCUGCAUUCUUAACACAGUAAAAGUUCCUUACCGGGCUAUUAAAGGUCCAGCAGGAGUAUGCCUCUGGAACUUCCUUGCAGGUGGAUUUAUAGUACUUGCAGUCACCAGCUUUAUGGCUGCUGUGAAACUUCAUCACCUCACAGAAAUAAUUGCCAAUUUUCGGGAAAAUAUCUUUCAAUUUGUUGUCUUAGAAGAACAGUUUGAGGACUGCUUCUGGCUUUGUGUGGCAAGUGCCACAGCACAUGCAGUCAAUUUACUGCUAAUGGCCAUUAGUGGAAUUCAUUUCCCUAAAAUUAAGACUAAAACAGAAGAAGCAAAUGUUACAGCAGAAGAUAUCAUGUACUAAGAAAUCUACACAAACCUGCUUUGGUCAAGUGAACUGUCGUGAUAGAAACAGCUGCUUGGCUCUUCAGCUUUUGAUUCGAUGGAUAAUUUUGGUAUAAACAUGAGUAAAGACGUCAGUUUAAAAUACCAGCAAUUAAGAUGUGUGGGAAAGUGGGAAAAACAAAUGCUACAAAUAUAAUUAUUCCCCAAACUGACCAGUAUCUGCAGUGAAUAGAUGCUAUUUGAAGUUUUUAGAAAAUUCACCUUUUGAGAUAUUUUAGAAAACCAAGGUGAAAUACGAUUUCAUGGAAACCAAGCACCAUCUUUGUUUAGAAAGAAAAUAUGUGUAUCACAGAUCUUUGAUACUAUAAGGUUAUUUCAAAAUAGAAAUAGACAUUUGCCAAUUACAUUCACAGAAUUAUUUGGAAAAUGAUGAGAGGGCCAUAUAUGUUUGAUGAUGUCAUACUGCAUUGAAAAAACUUCAUCAUCUGUGAGGCUAAAGGAAGCAUAGGCUAAGUAUGUGUGAAAUGUUUUUAAAACAAAAGUUAUACAAACUUCACCAAGUAAAGAAGUGAGAAAAGUGAAGAUUAUGGGAUGCUAGCAGACUAUGAAAAAAAGUAUUAGCUGCAAGAUGAAGGUUUCAUUGCAGCUUCUGGAAGUAAAGUAAACAGAAUCUAAGUAACAGUGCUUUUAGACAACCUGGAAAUAAUGAUCUGACAGAUUAAUUGUCCUCAGAACCCUGUCAAUUCUUAUGUCUAUCUGAAAUCAAGUAAAAGUGAUGUAUGAUGAAACAGUAUUAAAUGAAUAAAAAUGGUCAAAUGGAUGGAAAAGUUACUUUGUUAGGAAGUACCAUAAUUUUGACAGGCAUUUAACCUUUGGUCACGAGUAAUUAAUAUUUCAGAGAAAAAACCAUGCCAUUAAGCAUGUAGUUUUUAGAAUUUGAGUACUACAGUGAACACACACUAACCUUUCAGCAAUAGUAUCUACACAUAACUGAAGAAUGACUUUGAAUGAAUGAAAGAAGUUACCUAAAUUAAAGAAAUUAUUUUGCAGUGUUCUACUCUUCCUCAGACCACUAGGUUGUAUAACUCUAUUCUUGUGAAAAGCUCUUUGAAAAAAAUAGUAACUUUUUUAGAAAAGGAAAUCAAAGUGUUUUAAGAACAUUUCAGUAUAUACAAAAAAUCUUUAUUAUUUGAAAUGACGUCUUCAGAAAAACAGUAUUGUAAUGGUCAAGUGUUUUUAGAAGUGCCUAAAAUAGUAUUUUAUGUACUCAAAUUACUAGUUUUAUCACUGAAGUGUGCAAAACACUCAGUAAGGAAAGUUGCUAGGAUAAGCUGAUAUUCAACAUGUUUGCUGAUUAGGCCACUUAUUUAGAUAUUUAAAUAAGGAAUUGUAACUCAAUUUAAGCCAAUGAGUUUAGUAUCUUUGGCCCGAGUACUUAUUUUCCAUGCUCUUUUCACGUUGUUUUCAUCUAAAGACCAAUGAAAGCAAAUGUUUUAUGAAGUAAAUUCUACUUUCAUUUGGUAACCUAUUAAAAUUUACAGAGCAGACUCCGGUCUCUAUGUUCACUGAAUGGUUCAGCAGUGUUUGUGCAUGCUCUGUGAGGUAAGGAAUUAAAAUUAUUUUUAUACUUUUCAGCACAUAUGCAGCAAGACCACCACACAUUUGGCAGUCAGUGGCCUAGCUUCAGAGGAAGUGUCAGUAGCCAAACUCAACCUACAGAUAUAAUGGGCAGUGUUUGUUACCGCUGCCUGUACCAUCUCCUGAGUUUGGCCCUACAAGUUUAGCAGGUUUAUGAGUGAGGCAGAAAUUCGUGAGGAUGCUUCUGCAAUAGGUGUUGAUAAUCUGUCUUUGAGACAAUGUUAGCCACUUUUUUUUAGGAACACCGAUAUGUUUUUCAAAAGUCUCAUAAAAAUUUAAGAGACAGCUGGAAAGUUUUGAUGAGUCUACAGCACUGUUAGCAUAAAUUUUAGCAUAAAGGAGACUCGAUAAGGUAAAAAAAGUGAUUCCUAACUUCUACCACAUUUUUACUUCACUGUUCUUAUAAUUUUACUGGUGCUUUCAGGCAGUCUCUACCCUAGGUCAUGACCACAGGAAGAUGGUGUGAUACCCAGUAGGUGGAUAGGCAGCAAACCAGCCCAGUCUGUGAAGGUGCCUGAGAUGGUAACAGCACACUGAUGGUAACAGUCCAGAAAACUGUGCACAGAGGCCUGUGUUA